AUGCCGACUCCAUCCUCCAAUCCGCCUCCUGAUCAAUCCUCGCCGCCCCCCUACAGCUUCUCGACAUGUCCUGAAGACCAACCACAUCCCUCGCGAUCUGCUCGUCCGACACAAGACGCCACGCGACCGACGUCCGACACAGAAGCCACCCAGAGCUCGCCGACAAGCAUUGCAUCUCCUACAGCCCAGUCGUCGGCGACUUCUCAUGACGAUCUUGCAACAGAAGAGUCAACAUUGAUAGACGGCCAAGCAUCUGCUGAGGCUUCGCCCAUGGAUACUUCAGCUUCUCUGCGACCGCUGUCUAGCGGGACGGUUGCGACCUCUCCCACAUCGAGUGAAAGAGAUGAUGACCUCAAACACCAGGGAGGCAACUCCGGCGAUCGCUUAAGCCGAGAAUCAUCCACACUGUCGGGAACUCUGCAAGUCGAGAACUCGGAGUCGUAUCAGCGUGAGCCCGACUCAUUGGAAUGGCUCGAGCAGGAAGAUGAAUACGAUGCUCCGCCCAUGCCAUCGGACUGCACGUAUAUAAGAAACAUCCCCGUCUCUGCGUCAUCCUUCCUCCGACCUGGGAGCAAGUUCCGCGGCACACAGCAAUCCGAAAGACAGGUCUACGACGUCCAGGUCGAGAUCAAGCAUGUUGACCUGCGCGAAUCCUUCCUCUGCGGCUACUUGCGCAUCCAAGCUAACCAGCCUGGCCCUCUUCGGAUAGGCCUGACCGAGGACCACCCAACACUGACCACCUAUUUCGAGGGAGAAAUCAUCGGCACAAAGUACAAUUUCUUCACCAAGCAUGACGACUGGGGCGCAAACUACAAAGUGGACAUUAGCCACUGGUCCAAGUUUGGCGCUUUCCGGCCAUACCAGAAGAUAGCCCGCAAGGGGCCCGUCACCAUCACGGACCUGGCACAAAGAGAUCACAUUUUCAUGCGAUGGAAGGAGCACUUUUUGGUUCCAGACCACCGAGUUCGAACAAUAAUUGGGGCCUCUUUUGAAGGCUUCUAUUACAUCUGUUUCAACCAAGUCAAGGGAGAAAUAAGUGGAAUCUAUUUUCAUUCCAAGAGCGAAAAGUAA